AUGGACUUAGGUCUCCCAGUACUCGACUCGAAGCCCGCAGAGCCGAACCUGGUCUGCAUUCCCCGAGAUAUGAUACUCGAGAUUGCCAACCAUCUUCUAGGUGAUGUCGCGGCCCUCAAACAUUUGCGUCUGACCCACCUAACACUCGCUGCGGUUGCCACGACAACUCUUUUUGAGGAGAUUCACGUGGCUUUGCUGCCGCCCUCUUUGAAGCGCUUGAAUGAGGUCGCUUCGAACAGAGAUGUUCCCGAAUGGUCAAGCGUAUCGUCCUCCAUGGGCAGAUGCUACACGAGUACCAAACACUGGAGAAUUGGUCGAGGGCGGUCCAGAGAGUCCAAAUACCCAUUCAAGUCUAGCAUGCUAGAUCUGUACUCCAAAUAUACCUCCUACUUGGCCAUGCAGUCUCAGUUUAUCGACAGUCUGAAAUUCGGCGCGCUCAACGCUACGAAUGCUAGGGCCCUAAAAGCGCGACACAGUUUCGAGGCUGCCAUCGCAAAGCUCGUCAGCCUCACCCAAGUGCGUGUCGUAGCAUAUGACGAUCGCGAUAACCUCUCGAACUUCUGGCGCAAGUACAGCGACAAGAUAGCCUUCACUCCUGCGAAUUGGCGACCGCCACGUCGCUUUCCGACCGGUAUGGACGCGAUCAACGACGACGCUUUCAGAGAGGACAAAGGACGAUUAGAAGGGUUUGCCUUCUUAACUAGCCUUCUAAAAGCUCUCGCCGAUUCGCCUGGCCGUCUACGCCGCCUUACGCUCACCGCUGUUGGCCGUGAGCCCGAUCUAUCGAACUCGUGGUACACUCCGUCGUUUUUUCCGGACCUUUUGGUUUUAGCCCACGGUAUCCAGGUUACGCUUCGCCUCUGGACGACCUCUCAGAUGCUGUCUUCGAGGCCCGUCUUGCUGCCCUUUUGGACGAUCUUUCGACAAGAGCAAUCCCGGAGCUCUUGA